GGUGAACCGAAAUGGAUGAAACGAGGAAUAUCAGAGGACUCUGGUCGGAAGCUGUCAAUUGAAGAAGAGGAGGCAAAACGGAUUGCAGAAAUGGGAAAACCCAUUCUGGGGGAGCAUCCAAAAUUGGAGGUCAUCAUUGAAGAAUCCUAUGAAUUCAAGAGCACAGUGGACAAGCUAAUAAAGAAAACGAACCUAGCACUCGUGGUAGGAACACAUUCCUGGCGGGAUCAGUUCAUGGAGGCCAUCACAGUCAGUGCUGGUGAUGAAGAGGAUGAAGACACAGGAGAGGAGAGACUGCCCUCGUGUUUUGACUAUGUGAUGCAUUUUCUGACCGUCUUUUGGAAGGUGCUGUUUGCCUGUGUACCUCCUACUGAAUACUGGAAUGGAUGGGCCUGCUUUGUCACGUCCAUUCUCAUCAUUGGCCUCCUAACAGCCAUCAUUGGUGAUCUGGCCUCUCAUUUUGGCUGCACCAUUGGCCUGAAGGAUUCUGUUACAGCUGUGGUAUUUGUAGCUCUCGGCACUUCAGUACCAGACACCUUCGCCAGCAAAGUAGCAGCCACCCAGGAUCACUAUGCCGACGCCUCCAUUGGGAACGUCACCGGCAGCAACGCAGUCAAUGUAUUCCUGGGCAUUGGAUUGGCAUGGUCCGUGGCUGCCAUCUACUGGGCUUCCCAGGGCAAGGCAUUCCGAGUCGAUGCCGGCACCCUGGCUUUCUCUGUCACCCUCUUCACCAUCUUUGCUUUCGUCAGCAUCAGCAUUCUGUUGUACAGGCGGCGGCCGCACAUCGGGGGAGAGCUGGGCGGUCCGUGGGGACCCCGAGUCAUCACCGCCAUGUUGUUUGGGGGAUUGUGGUUACUGUACAUUCUGUUUUCUUCGUUGGAGGCUUACUGCUACAUCAAGGGGUUCUAAAGCAACAGAAGGCCUCCGCUACGCCCCAAAGAGACACAUACCCCCUUGAAUCUCUUCAAACACAAUGCAAUACUCGCCAACAAUAUUCCACUCUUUAAGGGAAAACAGAAUUACUGGAGAUGGUCCCAUUGAAGAGGGCAGUGUACGUCCUACAAAUAAAAUGAAAAGAACAGAAGGCAUUUUGUCAAGGACUGUUCUGUAUCUUCAUCAAGCACUCCUGAGCUUUCUUGCCUUACAGAAGGGUUUUUAUUAAACUACAAAGGGGGGAGGGUGGGAAGGAGGUAUUUGGAUGCUGUUGGGACGGAGUUGGAUGAAGGUUUGCCUAAUCAAAGAGCCAGUUAUAAGCAGAACACAUACAGUGGUGAGGACUGCCCUUCUUCAGUGGAAAAGCCUGUUGCGUGUCAUCCAAAGUAAUUAUUAUGUCCAGUCCUUGCUGCUGAGAGCUAAUCCAUCCAGACAGAGAGAUAAAAAAACAUCAUGUUUCACAGAAGGAACUGGGCAAUGGUGCUUAGGUACAGCACGACUGGCAGUUUGAAAACAAAACAUGCCUGUUGCA